AUGGAAAAACUCGGUUCCCGAAGCAUGGCGGACAUGGGGAAAGUCCCAAUUCAAGGACUUCCAUCCAAGUUUGGUGUUUUCAAGACCUUGCCACUCCUAUUAGGUGGCGUUGCGGCUCUGGUCUUCGUGAAGCUUGUUGCCACGGCGGUAUACAAUGUCUACUUUCAUCCUUUGAGCAAAUUCCCGGGACCGAAGUAUGCCUGCAUCAGCUCUCUCGUCUGGUGGUUCAUAGGCUUCGGGGGCCGCAUCGAAACCUGGACCCAACGCCAACACGAAAGAUACGGCGAAGUUGUCCGGCUCGGGCCUGACCGACUCAGCUACAUCAGCCCUCAAGCGUGGAAAGACAUCUACGGGCACCGGACGGGCGGGCGAAAGGAGAACGGCAAAGACUCGCGCUUCUACGAACCGGACCUGAACGGCGAAAACCACCUGGUUUCCGAGUACGACAUACAGACUCACGGGGCGGUGCGCAGAAUCUUCGCCAACGCCUUCAGCGACAGGGCGCUGAAGCUCCAGGAGCCGUUGAUCAAGCGGUAUGCGGACCAGAUGAUCGACAACAUGCGUCGCUCGGUCAAGGCGGACGGCGAGGCCAAGAUCGGAAUGGUCAAGCUCUACAACUGCGCGACGUUCGACAUCACGGGAGACCUCACCUUCGGCGAGCCGCUCGGGCUGCUCGAGCAGUCCGAGUACACGCCGUGGGUCAAGGCCGUGUACGGCAACAUCAAGGCGCAGCACCUCUCGCGCAUGCGCACCGAGUACCCGCUCCUCGGCAAGCUCGUCAACCGGUGGAUGCCCAAGGGCCUCGCGGAGCAGAUGCUGCUGCACUUCCGGAACGCGUACGAGCGGGUGGACCGGCGGCUCGAGAAGGGGGUCAACGCCAAGCCGGACAUCUGGAGCCUGGUGCUGGACAAGAACAAGGGGCAGCUCAGCGUGGGCCAGAUGCACGCCAACUCGUCGCUGUUCAUGGCGGCCGGCACCGAGACGACGGCGACGCUGCUUAGCGGGCUCACGUACUACUUCCUCCGCAACCGCGACAAGAUGCAGAAGGCGGAGCGCGAGGUGAGGGCGCUCGGCGAGGAAGAGCUCACGGUGGAGCGGCUGCCCCGGCUGUCGUACCUGAACGCGUGCUUCGAGGAGGCGCUUCGGAUGUACCCGCCGGUGCCCGUCGGGCUGCCGCGCGAGACGCCCGAGGGCGGCAAUGUCAUCUGCGGCGAGUGGGUGCCGGAAAAGACGCGUUUGUCGGUGCACAACUGGUCGGCCUACCGGUCGACGCGCAACUUCAAGGACCCCGACUCGUUUGUGCCGGAGCGGUGGCUGCCGGGCACCGGCUACGACAGCGACCGCAAGGAGGUUCUGCAGCCGUUCUCGUUUGGGCCGCGCAACUGCCUGGGCAAGAACCUGGCGUACCACGAGAUGCGCAUCAUCAUGGCGAAGGUGCUGUGGCACUUCGACCUGUCGCUCUGUGCCGAGAGCGCCAACUGGGCGGACCAGGAUGUGUACACGCUGUGGCAAAAGCCGGAGCUGUGGUGCAGGGCCAAGCUCAUUCGCUGA